CCUCCACACCGCGCUGUGUGCUGCGAGACCUGGUGCGGCGACCUCCGCGCGUUUGGUCGCCCCGGUCUCCGCCACGAUGUUAACCAAAGUUCUCUUGAUCCUCCUGUGGAUGUCCAUAAUCUUUCCGUCGAGGAUCGAAGGACCUCAUGCUGAAUCGGAGAGGGGACCCUCUGCCCGUCAUGAUGAUGUCUAUGGCCCCAAGCCCCAGGGACCCCAAAAGCAGCUCCCCUCUGAAGAAAUAAAGCCCACUACUGUUGAUACCCGUCAAAGAUUUGGGAAACUGGUAGCAGCCACUGAAAUCCUGGACAGUAUGCUGAAUAAGUAUGACCACAAACUGCGCCCUGGCAUUGGCGAGAAGCCCACUGUGGUCACUGUCCAGCUGUCUGUCAACACCCUUGGUCCUAUCUCUAUCAUGGACAUGGAAUACUCCAUUGACAUCACCUUCUGCCAGACCUGGUAUGAUGAGCGCCUUCGUUACAAUGGCAGCUUUGAGAGCUUUGUUCUGAAUGGCAACCUGGUGAGCCAGUUAUGGAUCCCGGACACCUUUUUUAGGAAUUCUAAGAGGAUCCACGAUUAUGCUAUCACCAUGCCCAGCCAGAUGGUCCGCAUACACAAGGAUGGCAAGGUGUUGUACACAGUUAGGAUGACCAUUGAUGCUGAAUGUUCACUCCACAUGUUCAAAUUUCCAAUGGAUUCUCACUCUUGCCCUCUGUCUUUCUCUAGCUUUUCCUAUCCUAAGAGUGAGAUGAUUUACAAGUGGGAAGAUUUCAAGCUUGAAAUCAAUGAGAGUAAUUCCUGGAAGCUCUUCCAGUUUGAUUUUACAGGAAUGAGCAACACGACUGAAACGAUCUCAACUGUUGCUGGUGAUGUCAUGGUCAUCACGCUUUUCUUCAACGUGAGCAGGCGGCUUGGCUUUAAUAUCUUUCAAAACUAUGUCCCUUCUUCUGUGACCACGAUUGUCUCCUGGGUUUCCUUUUGGAUGAAGAAAGACUCUGCUCCAGCCAGGACCUCUCUAGGGAUCACCUCUGUACUCACUAUGACCUCACUGGGUUCCUAUUCCCGGAAGAAUUUCCCACGUGUGUCCUAUAUUACAGCGCUGGAUUUCUAUAUUACCGUCUGCUUCAUCUUCUGCUUCUGUGCUCUGAUGGAGUUUGCUGUGCUCAAUUUCCUCAUCUACCAGCACACGAAACCCCGUGCCUCUCCAAGACUUCGCUAUCCUCGUGCCCGUGGCCGUGUCCUUACCCCUCUCCGUGCCCGUGGCCGUGCCCAGCAGCAGCAGGGCAAUGUCGUGUGUGAGAUGGAGGACUCUGAGGACGAGAGUGAUGAAGAGGAGGGCCCAUCUUGCCCGGCUCAGCAGUCCCUCCACCCAGGUCGCACCCACUGCCCUGGCGGCUGCUACAAGUUCUGCAAGUACUUGUGCACGGCCCGCCGUUGUGAGGGUGGCAUGUGGCAGCAGGGCCGCCUCUUCAUCCAUGUCUAUCGCCUGGAUAACUACUCGCGAGUGAUUUUCCCAGUGACCUUCUUCCUCUUCAAUGUGGUCUACUGGCUCGUUUACCUUAACUUGUAGGUGCCCGCUGGUACCCUGUGGGGCAGCCUCCCCAGUUCCCCAGGAGGUCCCACACCCCUUGCCAAGAGAGUUGGGGGAAAGCAGCAGCAGUAGGAACGACGACCAAGUGUCUUUCCUUCCCCUGCCCGGCCCAUUCACUGAAUCUCCUUGGCAGCCCAUUUCCUCAAGGGGCGUUGUUGAUGCUCAGGAUAAUGUUAGGCUCUCAGUGACCAGCUCCUUUAGACUGUGCCCAGGUAUGAGCAGAUGAGCUAGCUCCCAAAAGUGCUGACACCUACUGCCUUUUCCAAGAAUCCCAAUACUGCCUUUGUGAUGCUCCAGGCCCAGCUCUGGCCUCCGCCUCAGAGUGCACAGACCAGCUGUUUGCCUAUUACUGAUAGUUCCUUAAGAUGCUGGGCAGCAGUAUAAUGGGGGUGGGGGCAUCCUUAGGUCAGAUUAUUGUCUUCUUGGUUCUGUCUCCCUGCCUACCCUUCCCCUGGAGAUAGACAGACACUGGCAUUAUCCCUUUGGAAGGAGGACAGCCAGCAAUUGAGACUUUUUGGGACGGUAUCCCUCCCUCUGCUGCUGUGACACCUCCCUCUCCCCCCUGCCACCAUCCCUCAUCUGCACUCCCAAGUCAAUUCCUUACAUCCAGUGGGUUUCUAUUUUUGUGUGUGAUAAUAGUAAUAACCCCCUGCUUUAGACGCUACCUCCUUCCUCUUCCUUGACCCCUGUGACUCGUACUGUAACUCCCCCAGUGACUUUCCCAGCCCUGACCCAGGUGCUAGGCCAUGGUGACUCCCCAGGGCCAUGAAACGAAGGGAACUCUGCUUUGCAGUGGGCAUUGCCUGCCUCGAUUGGUGCCCACCUAAGGCACAGCAUAGGAUUUUUGUCACUCCCUUGGCCCCUGGACCCAUCAGCCAGUCCACUCUUAUCCCCGGGGCACUCUCACAAUCAUAGUCAAUCAAUUGAAUUCCCUUAAAUUUGUAUAGCACUUUACCUUUUGCAAAGCACUUUUGACAAAUGAUUUCUAUUUUGAGCUUUAUUAUAGCCUGUGAUAGAUUCAGGGCAAGAUUCGUAUCCCCAUUUUGCAGAUGAGAACCCUGAGGCACAGAUUUCUAUGGGACCGUGGAUCUCACUGGAAACUACCCAGGAGCCCACUGUCACCUAGACUGCAUGACAAGGCUAGGCAUCUCUGUUCACCAUGAUUCAAUUCUAUAGCCUCUGUAGACACUCCAGUGGCAGAGCCCAGAGUGGCAGCCUCUCUACAGCAUCGGCCUGCUCAAUUUCUGGGCCACAGGUGCUCAGACUGCCCCCAAGAUCGAGCCUGUCCUGGCUCUGGUAACCCAGUGAGGUGAAUUUGGACACGCCCCAAUGCUUGUAUAUGCUAAAUGAAAUCUGUGUCUGUAUUUUACUGGGGGAGGUUGGGUAGGGGAUCCAUCUGCUUUUGUCACCAUCACCUGAAAAGGGGAAACAUAUCAAUAAAUAUAUCA